AUGUCCGCGACUCAAACCCCCCUGAAGAUUGGAUACGUCCCCGAGCACUUCUCCACCCCUCUUCACUUUGCGCAAAAGCAUUUCGGUCUUGAAGCCGAAUUGAUCCCAUUCCCAUCUGGAACUGGGCAUAUGAUUACAUCUAUACGGUCGGGAGAAAUCGAUGUGGGUAUUGGUCUCACUGAAGGUUGGGUAGCUGGAUUGGGGAAAUCUGAUGUCGAAGGAGAUGGAGGAUAUAGAAUUGUCGGGACUUAUGUUGAAACACCGUUGUGCUGGGCAAUCUCAACCGGCGCAAACAGACCAUUGAAUAGCAUCGCACAUCUGAAGAAUGGCAAAAUUGGAGUCUCAAGAAUCGGGAGUGGGAGCUAUGUGAUGGGGUUCGUUCUUGCAGAUGAGCAAGGGUGGCUCAACGAGAAUCAAUCACCAGAGGGACCAUUCGAGGUGGUUCCUUUACAAACUUUCGAGAAAUUACGCAAUGGUGUAAACGAUAGUACAGUGGAUUUCUUCAUGUGGGAACAUUUCACCUCCAAACGAUACUACGAUAAUGGAGAGAUCAAGCGUAUCGGGGAAAUAUAUACGCCAUGGAGCAGUUGGAAAAUUGUUGCCAGCACAAAAGUCCUUCAAAACACGGAAGAUAAGAGGCUGGACGAUUUGUUUGAGAAAAUUGACAAGGGAGUUAGAUAUUUCGAAAACAACCAGGCUGAGGCGGUGGAGUAUAUCAGCACUUCUUUGGAUUACAGCGAGGAGGACGCAGAGGAAUGGUUGAAGACAGUCAGAUUUGCAAGUGCCACAAAGAAUGUUGAUUUAGCAGUUAUCCAAAAGACUGUGGCUACUUUGCAGAAGGCUAAAGUGCUAGGAGAUGAUGGCAUGUCAGCAGAACAAAUGAUUUCCCAAUAA